AUGGCCGGCGAUCAUCAGGACAGGUUUUUUAAUAAAAAACUUUUUGAGCUAAGGUUUGCCCUCGAACGUGUCUCUCUUUUCCCGGUCCACGACGCGCUGACAAUCAUCCGCGGCGCCCUCAGUUUGCCGAAAUUGAUGUAUUUUUUGCGCACAUCCAACUCUGUUAACGCGGCCAUUUUGGGUGAAUUUGAGGGUGCUCUGUGGGUGGCCCUCUCAGCCAUUUGUAACGAACCGUCGGGCAUUGCGGCGCAUGAUAGUAAGCGCCCCGACGGGUGUACCUUGAUUCCUUGGAGAGCCGGCAGGUGCUUGGCGUGGGACGUUACCGUUCCGGGCACCUUUGCUGAGCGCUACGUGCAGCUUAUUAGCAAAGAAAGCGGUUUGGCUGCAACCAGGGCAUCUGAUGAAAAGAUCAAGAAAUAUGACGGAGCUUUCCCCUCGAUGGAGUUUUUGCCAAUUUGUAUCGAGCGGUUUUUGCGCGUCUCUGUGUUGGAAAAUGUGCAGUUCAAUGCCGACGCGGUUGAGUGA